AUGUCGCGGAGGACGCUGGGCGGAGGUCGUGUUCUGGGCAACCCGAGCGCUCUCGCAUCAGCUCCGUCCCCGCAGCCGAAGCCAAGGGUGCUCUCGCCGACCGCCAGCAGCAUUUCCCUCAGUUCACAGACAUCUGCAUCGCAGUUCUCUUCUGAAACUCAGGAUCUCACCUCUCGCAUUUCAAUAGAGAAUGGCGAUACCUCGAUCUCUGCGGCUCCGGCUGCUCCGGGGGCUCAGCUCUCCUGUCCGAUCUGCAGUGAGGAGAUGAUGACUUUGCUUCAGCUGAACAGACACCUCGAUGAUCUCCACCAGAACUUAGAAGACGACCGGCAAGAUGAAGUUAAGGAUUGGUUCAAGGUGCAAAUGGAGAAGGCGAGGAAGUUCCAGCCCCUGGCGGUCCUCAACCAGAAGUUGAAAGGCCUGGAUGUAUUCGAAUCAAACGAAAACCAAAACGCGCCUCUCGUCAGUCGACCACUUCCAACCCAUGCAGGACCCUCCGAGUCCCUGAGACCACUAGAUCCCGAAGAUCUUAUUACAAAGAACCAUUGGCAGCAAAGUUGCAUCUACGAUGAGUGUCUGGAACCAUCAUGUGGACAACGAUUGAAUGCCACCAAUGGAUGCGUCAAUUGCCGUAGUUGUGGAAAGCUCUUUUGCGAGGAACACACAAUGUAUCAAAUGAAGCUUUCACGAGCGGCGCAUCAUGAGCCUGUGCGAGGAAUAUGGGCUCGGGUUUGCGAAACUUGUUACAAGUCAAGAGAAGGGUAUAAUGAUCAUAAUGGCGCGGCGAGAAACCUAACGGACGCCUUCAAAUCCAUAAGAAAGCAAACAGUGGAUAAGGACUUCUUGGAGAUCUCCCGGCUCGAGAAACGAUUAACCCGCCUCACCCAGCUCUUGGCGAGUCUACCUCCGGAUCAAAUACACCCCAGUGCGACCAAAUUGUGGUCUCUCGCUUGGCAAAGCGAUCAACGAAAAGAGUUGGAACAAACAAUUGUCAGUUGGCAAGAUGAUGCAAGUGUUUCACGGUGUCCAUUCUGCCAGCAGGAUUUCUCUGGUUACACAUUUCGCAGACAUCAUUGCCGGACUUGUGGACGUGUAGUCUGUGGUGACCAGAAUACGGAGUGCUCUAGUGAAGUCGGUUUGAGCAUCGCUCAGCCCACAGCCUCCUCCGAGAAAGGCAAUACCGACAAUCUAAUCAACAUUGAUGUACGACUGUGCAAGGAUUGUAAAGCAACAUUAUUCGAUCGCCGCGACUUCAAAGCAGACAUCACGCGAAAGCCAUCGGAAAUUAGGGCAUAUGAAAACUUGACCCAAUUCGAACGGGGCAUCCGUCUUCACCUACCUCGAUUCCAGAAACUGUUGGCAUCUUUACAAGAUCCAAGGCGACCCCCUUCAUCUGCUCAGAUAGCAGAUGCAUCCAAAGUGCGCAAGCGACUCAUCGACUCUUUUGCACAAUAUGAUGUUGCAGCCCGACGCAUACGCGAUAUGCCAACCAACUCACCGACCCAACAACGGCUACAGAAAGCUAUAUAUCAGCAAGCCAGCAACUUCCUCCACCUCCAUAUGCUACCCUUGAAAACCCUCCCCAAGAUCCUCAAACACGCAACCCCAGCAUCGGACAGGAUACCUAGCCGAACAAGCUCCCCAAGUACCCCGGUCAAUGGCUCUACAUCCAAUAUCCGACCACCGGAGUCUGCUCUCGCCUCUAUCAAAUAUAACAGCGUUGCUGCAAGUGGUAGCAACAGCAGUCUAGCCAGUGAGACUAGCAGUGCUGUCUCAGCCCUAGAAGCAGAAGAGAAAUCCCUUCGAGAUCGACUGAUCGUACUAGAAGAACAAAAGUUCUUUGUGUCGGAGAUGAUCGCUGAUGCCAAUCGGCGGCGCAAGUUCGAUGAGGUCAGCAGUCUAGCUGUCAAUGUUGAAGAUCUGAGUCGUGAGAUUGAUCGUGUUAAUGGUAUGCUCGCGGGUCUUGAUUUUGAAGGGGUUUACACCGGGAACCUGCAACCAAGUACUUGA